AUGGGUAAAACUGCACCUCUGAAGAAUAAGGCUUCGACCUCAGUACGUUCUCGCGCAGCAAAACGUGCAUCAUCUCCAAGUAUCGACACCGAUAAGUCUCUCAAAAAUGUCAAGGCUCCAGCAGAAAAAGUAUACAAUCCACAAAUUCUAUCUCCACAUCAAGGUGCCGGUGUGUCUAAGAAGAAGGGUGGAAGGCAAUUGAGUUCAAAGGCAAAGAAGCGACAAAACAAGGGAAUGGACCGAGCAGAAGCGGUAAUGGAUAGAACGUCCACGAAAAUCGAGAAGAGCAAAUACAGAGGAAGGAAUGUUCAAGAAAGAGCAAAGACGUGGGAAGCUUUAAACAAAAAGGCACAGGAAGCUGUUCAAGCAGCAAUGGACAAGGAGAACGAGAUCUCUGAGGGGGAGGAGGACGUCGACGUUGAGGAUGAUCAAUCGCAAGGAGAAAUUGAAAUGGAUGGCACUUCAGUUGCUCCAAUUGCUCCUGCUGCGCUCCAAUCAGCCCCAUUGCCUACACCAGUGGAGGAUGAAGAAGAGAUUCUAUAA